AUGGCAGACAACGAGGAGCAGGCGUUGGAACAGCGCCUCAAGUCUGCUCUUUGGUUCUCAAUCGGCAAGAUAGUUGACGAAGAAACGCUCAAGCUUGGUGUCAAUGCUACACCACAAUUCAUUGGGGCCUUGACGGAGAUGGUCUGGGCACAGAUUGAAAAUAUCGGCAUGGAUUUGAAAAGCUUUGCCAAACAUGCUGGGCGGUCUACUAUAUCCACGGACGACGUGAUGCUUCUAUCUCGCCGGAACGAGGGCCUAGAGACUGUGCUCAGGAGUUACAUGGAAAGCGCCGGCAUUCCAAAACGCAAGAAGCGUUGA